ACAAGGGAAUUAUUGUAUGCUUGUUAAUUAUAAUUAUAGUCUUGAAGUUUAUCUGUUGUGCAUUUUAGUGAAAUGUGAUGGUAUGUAUGUAUACAGUGUAUAGAUAUUAUUUAUGCUCCACAAACCAUUGCAUUGCUGCAUGCAUUCACAGUGAUAGCUAAACUACUAAAUCUGAUCCUUGCAGCUCCAUUCACAGUGAUAGCUAAGCUACUAACUAUCAAGAUGUUGUCUGUUGCCCUCUCUCUCUGUCUCCUGUUUGCUGCAGUGUGUGGCCAGACUAAACUCUCUGGAGCAGACAAGCAAGAGCUACUGGAGGCACACAACCACUUCAGGAGCAAAGUCAACCCCAUUGCAACCAACAUGGAGAUGAUGGUUUGGAAUAACGAACUAGCUACAGUGGCCCAAACAUAUGCAGAGCAGUGUGUGUUUGAGCACAAUACUGACAGGGUGUCACAACAAAACACCUUCACUAGUGUGGGAGAAAAUAUUCUGCUCUCCCAAGAGAACCCAGUCAACAACUACACAGGACUGGUUGGCGAAUGGCAAAACCAGGGAGCUGAUUACGACUAUCCAAUGAAUACCUGUUCUGUAUCUGCAGUGUGCGGAGCUUAUACCCAGGUGGUGUGGGCUAAUUCGAACAAUGUCGGCUGUGGUGUGUAUCGCUGUAAUAAUAGUACGAUUGGUCUCUUACUCGUCUGCAACUAUGGACCAGCGGGCAACUUUAUUGGUCAGAGUCCCUUCAUGACAGGAAAUCAAUCGUGCUCUGCCUGCCCUCCGAAUAGCACCUACUGUGAGAGCAACCUGUGCACUGCUUCGCCUCCUACCCCCACCAUGGAUCCAACCACCACCAUGGUAACAGUUUCCAUGGAAUCGACUACCACAGACUCGUCUGCCAUCAUAACUGCUGGCCCCUCUAUAGUGGUCGUCAUGGCUGCAUUGUAUGCCACCCUCAAGCUAGUUAUGUGAACUUGUCAGUUGAACAUUUACAAAACAUUAAGUUAACUGUAUAGUAUUAUACAUGUUUAGGAUCUAGAAUACAGUGUUGAAGAUCAUUGUGAGACUUUUUAGGUGCCAAUAUCAUGUAGGUUGUGCCUUAUGGAGCUCCACUUGUUAAUAGUGUAGC